AGAAAAUAACAAGGUGUCGCUCGUCACUUGUCAGGCAACACACGGCGCUGCCAGACGCCCAGGUGGAGUUGUGGGGUGAGGUGAAAAAUGCAUCCACUGACUCGAACCUGCAGCUUCCCUCCCCAUUGGCAGCCAGGAUGCGGAUGCUGGGCCUGAGUGUGUGGCUCUUCCUCAACCUGGUGUUCCUGGGCAUGGGCUCCUACCUUUACCUACUGUGGGUUCAGUACUGGCGGUACGCUCGAGCCUCCCAAAUGUCCCGCUCCCAGGACGCCUCUUGGGUCGAGGGGGAAGAUGACCCGGAGCCAAGGCCAGGCAAGCCAAGAUUCCACUCCAACCUCGUGCCGCCUAACCUCCCGCCUCUGUCUCGCCCAUCGCCGCCGCCGCCGCCCACAACCACGCCCACCCCACCCACAGUUCCGCCCACCACUCGCGAGCAGCUACUUCAGGAGAUACAGCGUCACAAGAUCGACAUAUUUGUACGCUUACGAAGACUGCAGAAAGAGAGAGGCAGUAUAUUGGUGAAGCAUGAGAAUCGCUACGAGGUGCUGUACAAGGGGCGGCGGCGGAGAGGACCGGGCCCCAUCACUGGUCACGAGUUGCUGUGUGCCUUGCGGGAGGCUGGGGUGCGGACUCUGCGAGAUGGAGACGAUCCCUUCACCUCCCAGGGCGUUUCCAAACAUUUUCCCAGCACUGGGCUUCUGGAGGGGAGGCAUUUCAACACCUGCGUCGUGGUGUCCAGCGCGGGAAGCAAUAAGGGGUCUCACCUCGGAAAUUUCAUAGACUCUCACGAUGCAGUUGUUCGCUUUAACGACGCCCCGACAGUGGGGUUCGAGGGGGACGUAGGCACGAGAACCACGCUCCGGAUCGUCAACUCUCGGAUACUGGUGAAGCCUGAGUUUAAAUUCUGGGACUCGCCACUGUAUAAGGACGUGGCUGUGUUAGCAUGGGAUCCCUGCCACUACUCCUGUGACCUGAACGAGUGGUAUAAAGCUCCUGACUUCGACUUCUUCCCUGAGUACUUCCGCCGCCGCCUGAUGCUGCCGUACGAGGACCUCCACAUGUUGCAUCCUGCCUCCAUGUGGAAUAUCUGGGACGUGCUCCAGCGCUACACUCCAGACUCCCGCCUUUUGCCCAACCCUCCCUCCACAGGCUUCCUCGGAAUAAUGCUGAUGUUGGCACACUGCGAGAGCGUUGACGUGGUGGAGUUUGUACCUUCUUUAAGGAUGACGGACCGAUGCCACUACUGGCUACCGUACAAUGACACAACCUGUACCUUCGGCGGCUGGCACCCCACCGACACCGAGAAGCUGACAACCCUCACGCUUAACUCUGCCGGAGACUACGAUACCUAUGCCCGAGGUUUUGUGAGGAUACCUGGCUUUAAAACUAUUAAUUGUCCGACACGGAGUCCCGCCAGGUAGUGAAGCCAUUCCAGCACAGGCAUAAUUAAAACUCUCAUAUUACUUGUACAUUCGCAUCAGCUCUCAUCCUCUUUGUUGGCUCCAGUGUUAUUUGAGUUUACGCUCUGACAAUCAGUACUGUAUGCCGAGGAGCGCCCAGCAAGGAACCCCAACUCAUUUGACUGAAUGACGCCGCCUUUACGGGCUGAGUUUAUCUGAGACUAACACCAUGAUGUCGCAGCUUGAUGUAAAAAAAAAAAAAAACUGCUCACCCCCAUUAAGUGGAUACAGUGAUCGUAAUUAAUGCCUUCCACAAUGUGUGUCUCACUGGUGCGUAAUGUGGUAUUACCUUAAGUUAUCAUUUUUUUUUCUGCAUUAUUUCUUUCCAAGUGGCUGUGAGCUAGUAAGAAUACUCGACGCUGAUGCCAAGAAACACUCAGGAGCGUUUCGACACUGCAAUGUCGUAUGCUGUUUACGAACUGCCAAUGGUUUAUCCACUUUAUUUAAGACUGACAGACAAUUGUGAAUUUUUUAACUCCGUUGGUAAAGUUUCUUGAUAACCAUGUUAUAAAUAAAGCAGCAUGAAUAUAUUACAGCUAAAAUAAUGUUAAACAACUAAUUACGUACAGUAUUCUCACUGUUACAAUUAGAUGUUAUAACCUUCAAAGGUUAAAUACUAGUCUUGAUUCAAUAAAUGAGCAUUUAAUUAAUAAA